UUCGCGCCUCCCUCUCUGCUUGUCGACGUCGCAGUGCAGUGCAUGCUUCUAGUGCCGAGCCCGGCAUCUUUUAUAACCUUCCAAUCCCCCCAUCCCCUCCCUCCUCCAGAUUUUCGUCCUUUCCAAAUAUCUGCAUUCGAUCUUCCAGCUUCCCCGGAACUUGAUUCCUCCACCAACUCGUAUCAACUUACGAGAUCUUAAUCGAAGGAUACUUUCAUUCAGUACCAGUCCGAACAACAUCUACCACAACCACAGCAACCAUCACAACCUGAACGCUACAUACCCGUUCACACCCAACGAUACACCAUUAUUAUCUCGACGACACUGGAGCUAUUCCACCAUCUCAGUCAACCUCAAUAACAGUUACUUUGUUGAGAGUUGGGUCUUCCAGACGUCUAUCACAUGCAACGAGCACAGUCGGCCGUGGAUUUUUCCAAUCUACUUAACCCCACAGUCCCGGCUGAUAAGGAAUCCGAAAAACCCCAUCAGGGCGACGUCGAGAUGGCUACAGCAGCAGUUACCGUCAUUAAACCCAAUGGCCCCCUUCCGGGUGUCCAGAACUCGGAGAACUCGAAUGAGUUGCCCCGACCUUACAAGUGCCCUCUCUGCGAUAAGGCCUUCCACCGCCUUGAGCAUCAGACUCGACACAUCCGCACUCACACUGGAGAAAAGCCUCACGCCUGCCAGUUCCCUGGCUGCAGCAAGAAGUUCUCUCGAUCUGAUGAGCUCACACGCCACUCUCGCAUUCACAACAACCCCAACUCGAGGCGAGGUAACAAGGCGACCCAAGCACACCAGCAGCAGCAGCACCAAAUGCAUCAGCAGCAGGGCCUUCCGCCUCACAUGAUGCCUGAUGGAAUGAUGGCGCCGCCUCCCGCGCCCAAGACCAUCCGCUCCGCCCCUGGCUCUGCACUGGCUUCACCUAAUGUGUCUCCCCCCCACUCCUACUCUACCUUUGCUCUGCCUGUUUCUGCGGUUCACUACAAUCGCAGCGGUGACAUUUCCAUGCUGGCCAAGGCUGCUACUCAGGUUGAGCGUGAGACUCUGACUGCUCCUCCUCACCACAGCAAUAACCACCGUCAUCACCCUUACUUUGGUCACGGAAUGCAUAGCUCUCGAGGCCAUCUGCCUACGCUUUCUUCCUACCACAUGGGCCGCUCUCACUCAAACGAGGACCCCAGCGAUGACCACUACUCUGGCGCUAUGCGACAUGCUAAGCGAUCAAGGCCCAACUCCCCCAACUCUACAGCUCCCUCUUCACCAACAUUUUCUCACGACUCUCUGUCACCCACUCCCGACCACACCCCUAUCGCUACUCCUGCUCACUCUCCUCGUCUGCGACCUUUCUCUACUGGUUAUGAGCUGCCAAGUCUCCGAAAUUUGUCUCUCCAGCACAAUACGACGCCUGCUCUGGCCCCUAUGGAGCCUCAUCUCGAGCAGAAUCAGUUCCAGCAGGGAUCUGCCCCCACUACCCAGUCUCGUCCUACUGGGAUGUCUUUGACGGACAUCAUCAGCCGGCCCGACGGAUCUCAGCGAAAGCUCCCUGUUCCUCAGGUUCCGAAGGUGGCUGUCCAGGAUCUACUUUCUGACAAUGGCUUCAGCCACAGCGGCAGGAGCUCAGGAACCAGCAGUUUGGCCGGCGGCGAUCUCAUGGAUCGAAUGUAGGACACGACAUGGCAUCGCAACUCGCACGACUUGAUGACGACUAUGGGUUAUAGAGGAAUAGAAAGGAAUGGCGUUUAUGGUUUACAACAUGGCAUUCGAAUUACAUCAUCUCAAGGAUUGAGCACUCGGCGAGGAUAUGGGCGGCAUUUGUGAAAUGAAAGAAAGCAUUUUUUGUUCAAAGGGCGAGUGGACUACGGUAACGACACCGAGUCCGGCCCAUGUUUUGGAGGCGGCGGAAACUAGAAUUCGAAUUGCGGAGCACUUGGAUUUUUUUUUUAACCCUCGGGCUUGCCUCGGGGGACGUCGGAGGCUAUCACUGCCCCGUCGGAAAAGCAGUUCUGUUUGAUAUCCACGGAUUGUGUUCUCUUUACUUCUUGUUAUGAAAGAAACUUCACUCCUGUUACAAUUUCAAUCAAAAAUAUCAUGUCAAAUGUUUAAUGUUCAUGUCACCUCAUUUUUCCCCUUUUGAUGUGCGGGAUCACUCAACUGUGAAGAGGGCCUUGAUGGGACUUGGUAAUGGGUCGACUAGGGUCUGUCACACUCAGGUAAGCCUCAGCUCAGCUUUGUCAAGCUUGCGCUGGAGGCUAACAGGACUGGGUUGCCAGUGGCUCCUUGGAAGACUAUGAAACUAAUACUUGCAUUAUUCACGGCGAUAGAUAGAUACCUAGACCAAAAAUGCAGCGAUGUUAUUCAACAAAAGCCUACGGUUGCAAUGCUCACAGAGCUUGUUACCCACCACUUGAAAACGAAGUAACCUGCCUGGCUGAUCUGGAAUGCCAGCGAUGAACUCAUCGUGUUGUAAACCUGCUGGCCGGAUGGCUUAUGUCAGGAUCAUCGCGUGUAACUGAUGGCCAUUUCAAUUCAUGGAGGGGUGGCUAUCUAUUAGGGAAGUCAAAGGAUCAAUGCUGAAUACCUUACGUCGAGACAUCCUUGGAUGACGCUAUCUCCGUUGCAGAAGGUUUAACCACGAUCGAGGAGGGGGGAUCUACUUAUGUAGAGACAGAAACAAGUCUCCCAGAGCGGAACCGCAGAAUCGGAAGGGCCAAUAGCACCUAUUUUUAACCUCUA